GUUAAGAACAUUAGAGAAAAGAUAAUGAAAUUCGUUAGUAAAGAGUAAAUGUGAUGUAAUUUUAGUGACUUAAACCUGGAGAAAACAUUGUUUUAAUAGAAACAGUUAUGUGCUCGUGGGAAAUAUUUAAUGACUAAAGUUCACAGAUUUAUGUAAAAAUGGUAGUGAAAUCUCCAUUAAAACGUACUGUGCGUAUUUUGCUAGUGGGUGAUAGUGGUGUAGGUAAAACCUCCUUAAUUUUAUCCCUCGUAAGUGAAGAAUUUCCGGAGAAUGUACCACCAAAGGCAGAAGAAAUUACCAUACCGGCAGACGUUACUCCCGAACAAGUUCCCACUAAUAUUGUGGACUUUUCAUCAGCCGAACAAACAGAUACCGACUUAAAUGAACAAAUUAAAAGGGCCAGUGUGGUUUGCAUCGUGUAUGGUGUCGAUGAUGAAGAUUCCAUUGAGAGGAUAACUACGCAUUGGAUGCCUCUCAUAAGGCAAAACCAUCCGGAUAAACCAUGCCCUGUGGUGUUGGUUGGAAACAAAAUCGAUCUUGUGGAAUACUCAACUAUUGAUGGUAUAUUUGAAAUAAUGGCAGAAUUCUCUGAAAUAGAAACUUGUGUAGAAUGUUCUGCAAAAACUCUGAAAAAUAUUUCAGAGAUGUUUUAUUAUGCUCAAAAGGCAGUCCUGCACCCUACAUCACCAAUUUAUUCAGUAGAAAAAGAAGACUUGACAGAUGCAUGUAAAAAGGCACUAAUUAGAAUUUUCAAAAUUUGUGAUAUAGACUGUGACGGUUUACUCAACGACAUAGAGUUAAAUAACUUUCAAAGCCGUUGUUUCAACGCACCGUUACAGCCACAAGUUCUAGAUGAUGUUAAGGCUGUUUUGAGAAAGAAUUUGGAAGACGGAGUGUGUCAGAAUUGUGUUACGAUGAAGGGAUUUUUGUAUUUGCACAGCUUGUUUAUACAGAGGGGUAGAAAUGAGACCACAUGGACAGUGCUGCGAAAAUUUGGAUAUAACGAUAACUUAAAUAUGUCUAAGGAUUAUUUAUUCCCAAGCUUAAAAGUACCGUCAGGGUGCACCACAGAGCUCUCGCACAAAGGCCAACAGUUCCUCACGCAUAUAUUUGAAAGAUUCGAUAAAGACAGAGACAGGGCUCUUUCUCCUGCAGAAUUCGACGAGCUCUUUUCUACCUGUCCCACUCCUGCUUGGGGCCCCGAUGUCAGUGCCAUGGUCCCUACCAACGAGAAGGGUUGGAUCACUUUGCAAGGUUAUAUGUGUCAGUGGGCACUGAUGACGCUUGUCGAUCUGCCGAGGACUUUCGAAUACCUGGCCUAUUUGGGGUAUAAUAUUUACGAAAAUGAGAGUCAAGUAACGGCAGUGCAAGUCACGAGAGAAAAAAGGCUUGACUUGGUGAAAAAACAGUCGAGCCGAAACGUUUAUCAAUGCCACGUUAUUGGUCCGAUGGGCGCUGGGAAAUCUAGCUUUUGUAGGAGUUUUAUUAAGUCAGCACUUGAUGGUAAAAAUGCUCUUAUGGAGAAAACGGGAACCCCCAACUGUACAGUCAACGUGGUGCAAGUAUACGGCCAGGAAAAAAUAAUGGUGCUAAGGGACAUCAAUGUCCGCAACGUAUCUGACCCACUGAUGCCACAAGAGGUGCAAUGUGACGUGGCUUGUCUCGUGUAUGACAUAAAUAACGAAAAAUCCUUUGAAUACAUCGCCAGGAUAUAUGUUAAAUACUUCGCAGAGAGCAAAAUUCCAGUGCUAAUGGUUGCUUGUAAGGACGACUUAGAAGAAGUACGGCAGGAGUAUCUUUUACAACCCGCCAGCUUCUGUCAAAAGUACAAAAUUUUACCCCCGCAACGUUUCAGCGUCAAGGGCCCCUUGAAAAAGGACAUGUUCGUCAAGUUGGCGACCAUGGCCGCUUUCCCUCGUUUUCAAGCAGCUUGGAUAUUAUUCUACAAGCACAGUCCGUUGCGCCGCAUGGUUCAUAUGUUACUGUUGCGCCCUCAGCCCACAGAGUGGCUGAAUCAGUUUUGCAGGAACUUCAGGGAGUUCGGCGUCACGACCGACUCGACAGUCUGGUGGAAGGCGGGUCUAAGUUUGGCGGCCGUUACGGCUUUGGGACUGUUAGUUGCGAGGGUGCUGAACACGUCGGAUAAAACGAGAUAGAUUUAUGGAAACGGUGAAUGUCUUGAGUUUAGUUUGUAAUUAUUGUUUAUGUAUAAUCAUUGAGUUGUACUUCCAAAUUAUAUUUUUACAUCCCUG